ACCGCUUUAAUAUGGCGGAGGGUAGCUCCUCAGCCGCUUCGAGCCCGCGGGGACGCGCGGACGGGGUGGAUGCGGAGCCCCCGGAGGAGCGGGCGGCGGCGAUGGCGAGGGACGACCAGGAGCAGUUCGAGUGCCAGGAGCUGUUCGAGUGCCAGGUGCAGGUGGGAGCCCCCGAGGCCGAGGAGGACGCCGAGCUGGUGGCCGAGGCCGAGGCGGUGGCGGCCGGCUGGAUGCUCGAUUUCCUCUGCCUCUCUCUGUGCCGGGCCUUCCGCGACGGCCGCUCCGAGGACUUCCACCGGACCCGCGACAGCGCCGAGGCUAUUAUUCAUGGACUGUCCAGUUUAACAGCUUGUCAAUUGAGAACUAUAUACAUAUGUCAGUUUUUGACAAGAAUUGCAGCAGGAAAAACCCUUGAUGCGCAGUUUGAAAGUGAUGAACGAAUUACACCCUUGGAAUCAGCCCUGAUGAUUUGGGCUUCAAUUGAAAAGGAACAUGACAAACUUCAUGAAGAAAUACAGAAUUUAAUUAAAAUUCAGGCUAUAGCUGUUUGUAUGGAAAAUGGCAAUUUUAAGGAAGCAGAAGAAGUCUUUGAAAGAAUAUUUGGUGACCCAAAUUCUUAUACGCCUUUCAAAAGGAAAUUGCUUAUGAUAAUCUCUCAGAAAGAUACAUUCCAUUCCUUUUUUCAACACUUCAGCUACAACCACAUGAUGGAGAAAAUUAAGAGUUAUGUGAAUUAUGUGCUAAAUGAGAAGUCAUCAACCUUUCUAAUGAAGGCAGCAGCAAAAGUAGUGGAAAGUAAAAGAACAAGAACAACUUCUCAAGAUAAACCUAAUGGUAACGAUGUUGAAAUGGAAACUGAAGCUAAUUUAAAUACAGAAAAAAGUGUUAGUGACAAACAGUCUGCGGUAACUGAAUCCUCAGAGGGUACAGUAUCCUUAUUGAGGUCUCACAAGAAUCUUUUCUUAUCUAAGUUGAAACAUGGAAGCCGACAGCAAGAUUUUAAUAAGAAAGGGGAAAGAGCGGAAACUCUUCAAAUUGGAAGAAGGAAGAAAAACAGUACACGAACAACUGAAAGCCAGAAAAUACGUGUUGUGAACAGUGAGCCGAUAACUCCGGAAAAACAUCGGUCGAGAAAAAAACAGGCAUGGCUUUGGGAAGAAGACAAGAAUCUGAGGUCUGGUGUGAGGAAAUAUGGCGAGGGAAACUGGUCUAAAAUACUCUUACAUUAUAAAUUCAACAACCGGACGAGCGUCAUGUUAAAAGACAGAUGGAGGACUAUGAAGAAGCUGAAACUGAUAUGCUCAGACAGUGAAGACUGAGUGUGUUUGUAAAAGCUUGAUAAAAGGACAGUUAAAUAUUUUGAUCACUGCAUUUUUUUUGAAACUUGGUGGUCACUGGUGUACCUUAAAAUUUUUGUUUAAAGCAUUACAAUAUUUUUCCAUGACACAGUCAUUUCAUUAACAUGAGGAUUUGUGCUAUAAGAGUAAGAUUAUAUGCCAUUUUUCUUUUCUUUAAGCAUCUUUUAACUUGGAUGAAAUAUAAAUUUGUUGAACCCUGGUGCUUUCAAUACCCCUAUCCCCAAAUCCUGUUCCAAUAAAAAAGUGAAAAUGUGGUAAGAGAAAAAA